AUGACCCCAGGCAAUGACCGCAGGGUUAGCAGUGCAGCACUUGAUGCACUGAGCCACCGCAGCUCGUCCGGGGAGCUGUUGUUCUGGAUCUCGAGGCCCGGUGGACCCUCCACUGGCUUUCAGAGCCAGAGAAUCCAACAGCAGGGAGCUGCCCCUUGUUCUCCUCCGGAGCAGCUGGUGAACACGAACCGCCUGCCUUGGGCCCCGCCCCCCGCCCGGCACCGCCAGUUGCGGGUCCCCACAGUCUGCGCGGGUCCUCAGAGCCUCGCUUCCGAAGGCAAGGGCAGGCCCGGGCCCCCCCGCCACGCUAGAGCCGGGGAUGGGGACGCGAUGGCCGCCCCUCCGGGGUACCCCGUGUCCCCUCCCUCCUGGGCGGGGCGGCGCGUGCGCUGGCACAGCUUCGCGGUGGUGGCCGACGCCAGCGGCAGCAACGGCGCCACGGACCCCCGCGCCAGGGACAAGCAGGUACGCGGCCGGGUCGGGGCGCGGGGCGGCUGCCACGACUGCUGGGAUGGAGAGCGGGGUGCCCGGCGCGGACCGAGAGGCCAGGGCGCGGGGUGCCCAGCAGGGACAGAGGGGCGGGGUGCGGGGUGCCCAGCUGAGAGCGAGGGGUCAGAGCGCGGGGUGCCCGGCAGGACUGUGGGGCCGGAGCACAGGGUGCCUGGAGGGACCCAGGGGCUGGGCCGCGAACCAGGCUGGACUGAGGGGCCAGCGCACAGGGACCGGAGCGCGGGCACCCAGGAGGCCAACAGGGUGAAGCGAGAGCCCUGGCUCAUGGGUGUGGACUCUGGGCCGACGCCACAGCCUCCCAGGGUAGCUCUGGACAGAGGAGUGGGACUGCUGAGCUGCGGGCCUGUGGGUGUGGACAGCCAAGUGCUCGGCCUGAGGUGUGCACGGGAGCUGCCUCAUGGAGACCCUAAGGACGGACCCCUCCACGCGGAGCAGGCCCUCCUGAAGGUGGGGCUGCCCCUUGAGAAGGCUGAAGGCUGGGAGGGGCCUGGCCAGCUCUGCACUGAGGAUGGAGACCGAGUGGCUGGCCGGGGACCAGGCAGGAAGCGCCUGCAUAUUGACGAGCUGCAAUGCGACGUCUCGGUGGAGGAGGACAACCGACAGGAGUGGACCUUCACUCUCUACGACUUCGACAACAGUGGAAAGGUCACUCGAGAGGACAUGUCCAGCCUGAUGCAUACCAUUUAUGAGGUUGUGGACGCCUCAGUCAACCACUCCACCAGCAGCAGCAAGACUCUGCGUGUGAAGCUGACCGUCAGCCCAGAACCUUCCAGCAGAAGGAAGGAGAACCCAGCAACUGGCCAGGACCAGGAGCUAUCCAGCGUCAGGCUGGACGGUGAGCUGGUGGACAAUGUGCGGCUGGCCGACAGGAAGCCCUCCACCAGGCGUCCAGUGGCUGACGCGGUUCCCUACCCCGUGCGGGGCCCCUACUGUGUGGAUGAAAACACGGAGCGCAGGAACCACUAUCUGGACCUGGCGGGCAUCGAGAACUACACCUCCAAGUUUGGACCAGGGUCCCCACCAGCGCAGCCAAAGCAGGAGCACCCCAGCAAGUGUUUGCACCCCCAGGUCCGGUCCCGCUCCCAGGAGUCGGACACUCACACUGGUCAUCACCGACGGUCCCAGGUGCUGGCGGAGCCUGGAGAGUUUGCUGGCCGAGCUGUGGAUGCGCUACCACGACUGAAGAUGCCAGAGAAGCAGUUCCUCAAGUCCCCCAAGGGUGCGGGGAAGCCAUCAGUGGGGCUGGGGAGCAGUAGACCUGGCAAGACCUUCAUCCACCACCCUCCAGCACCACCCCAGGGACCCCAAGAUGGCCACCAUCUCCCACUGCAGCCCCCACCCCCACCUCCACAGCCCUAUGGCCACAAGAGGUCUCGACUGAAGGGAAGAGAGGGCCACUCACCACUUAAGGCUACAUACGCCACACCCUGCACAGUGGAACAUGAGGUGGUACGGGACCUGCCACCUACGCUGGCAGGAGAGGGCUUCACGGUGCCUGUGGUACAAAGACACGAACACCACCACCACCAUGAACACCACCACCACCACCACUACCAUCACUACCACCCGUCCUGA